AUGUUUAUUGCAUUUGAAAUGUUUCAUUUGAAUGAAAGAACAACUUCUGUGUUUCUUAUAUACGCUCACCCCGAGGGCGCUCUUGAUGCGUUGUGGUAUGAUGUAUUCAAACACGUGUAUCGAUUUGGAAAACUGAAAAACAAAACUAAUACUAUUUUCACUGAAACUCUGAUGGUUUUAAACAUGGGAUGGUUUUCGCCGAUAAGAAUCCAGCCUGAAAAUAUUUUAUAUCUUGACAAAUUUCAGCAAAGGAUUCUGAGUUCGUAUGGACUUGGCGAGUGUGUCAGCGUUCCCAAUUGUAAGAAAUUGCGAAUCAGAUUUCUCGCCAGACAUGACCGUAUAUAUCAUCCUCGUAGUAAAGGUAUUGGGCGCAGAACAUCGAAUGAACAGGAAUUGAUUGAAGUGUUAGAGGACGUGUUUCCAUACGAAGACAUUAAGGCGCUCAAUUUUCAUAGCAUACCAUUCUCAAAACAACUGUACGAAAUCAGACAUACUGAUAUAUUAAUCAGUAUGCACGGUGCUGCAUUGACACACGUGCUGUUUAUGCCUCCUUAUUCUGCACUGCUUGAAAUAAGAAUUCCGGGAUUUUCUCAUGGCGCUUUCCAGACGCUGGCGGCAGAGGCUAGGGUAUAUCACAAAGCAACAUAUAUAAACGUGUCAUCGGAUGAUAUUGAACUGCCUGUUGUACAAAUUGUCAAAAAUUUAAAGACAAUCAUCGAUAAAAUCUGCUCACGUGUAACAUGGGAGUGA